AUGGCCCUCACUAUCUUCCGCUUGGAGACUCUCCCAGUUCCUCUUGAAAUCGCUUUGGGACUUCUCCCACCGAUGGAUCCCGAGCUGUUGGGUCUGGCACUGCAGGCAGUUGUUCGCGAAAAGCGCCCCACCCCAACCUUGGUUCGCGAUGCGAUUAUUGGGUGCCUGCAGGCAGGCGACGAGCCGACUGAAAAGGAGACGUGGCAUUGGGAGUUGUGGGCUGCUCUCCUGGAUGCGUAUGUUGCCUCGAGCACCUACAAAGACGCUCUCGAGACCCUCAUGGAGUUUGUCCAGAUCGUCAAAACAACCAAGGCCGAGGCUCUCGAGAACGACCAGUGCUGGCCAGACGAGCGACAGGGUCUUAUCACCAGCAUGUACACCAAACUGGUCAAAUUCUGGAUCAGCUGUUCUACCACUGUCCCGAGCAACCUACCUGAAGGAGCAAAGGUGCCACCCCGAAUUCGCCGCGAGGGCAGCAUUGUCCCCACCCAUCUCUUCAUGGAUCUUGUCCUGGUUCUGUCCCCGGGACGGAGUGACGACGGGCUCAGCAAGGUUCAGCUCUCACGCGACUUCCUCGUUCAUUACAUCAACGCGGAGCGAAUUGCCGGCAACGUCGAUACUGCGAUGAGAGGGUGGGAGAAGCUUUCGGGACAGACUUACGAGGAAACCCUCGCUGGUCAGCAACCUCCGUCUGAGCUUGAUGACAAGUCAUGGUUUACCGUACCCUGGCGACUGUAG